AUGUCGGGAUCUGCCUGUUCACUCCCCCCUGAAAAGGUCUUCUCCAUUCAAAUCGGCUCCGAUCUUUUUCGCCUAUCGGGUGCCUCCAUUGCCUCCGACGCCCCCUCCUACUUCUCUCGCUUCUUUGAAGAACAAGUGCGCGUCAACGAUGCCUCCAGUUGUCGCACCCUCUAUAUCGACCGCGACCCGGUCACCUUCCGGGACAUUGCGCGUCAUCUCCAAGGCUACCAUGUCCGUCCACGCGAUGGUCCGCAAUUUGUGAAACUCUUUGCCGACUCCCAGUUCUACAGCUGUACGUCAUUUGAUCUCCCAAGUCGCACAGAGCGUGUCGCGCUCAUAGCUAACCACCGUCCACCUCGUGCAGUGCCCCGACUGAUGUCCCAGCUGUUCGAGUCCGAAAUCUUCAUUCAAAUCGGUGAUCGUCAUUUCGAAAUCCCUCGUGAUAUAUUCUCGAGCCCUGGUGACUCUCCCAAUUUCUUUACUCUCGGCUUCGGUGCCUUCUUCGCCUCCCCGUCCGAGGUCUUCCCCGGCUUGGAUCGCACUGGUCUCCUCCGUCCACCCGCCAUCACACCCCCGAGUGUCCCCAAUCGAUCCGCCGAAGUUUUUGCCGACCUCUUGCAUAUCCUGCGGGGGUACCCGUUGCACAUUCGAAAUGAGGAACACCGGGCAGAGUUGAUACGUGAUUGUCGUUACUUCCACCUCCGCGGAGUUGAGCAGAAAAUCAUCCCCCAUAAACUUUCCGUCAAUCCCUUCACCCAGCGACCGGAAGUCACAAUUCGUCUAGAGGAUAUACGACCGUCGGGAAUCCAUUUCUUUCCGGAUAACCCUGCCUCGCCGAUCCUUGGCUUGGUUGGGUACGCUCGUCCCCAUGUCGAUGAAAAACCGGCCGAUUUAAUUCUACAAACGGGAGAUGACGCCGCUAUUAUUGAUCGCAGGGGCUCAAUUCUCACGGCGGACUUUUUGGGCAACUUCAAAUCUCGCAUGACCAACUUGUUACAAGUAGUGGGCAAGAAGAUCGAACUACCGGAUCCGCAACAGCUCAGCGGGAUGCCAGUCAAGGUCCGUCUUGGUCGAGAUGUAGAUCUGAAUGUCGAUGGCGAGAACGAUCCCCAGUUCACCCUGAUUCUAGCUGGGCUCAAAGACGAUGAGACUGAACCUCCCGCUAAACGCCAACGAUCUGAAACCCCCGCUGGGGCCCGUUGGCUUGUUCGCAAUGCGCAGUGGAAACUACAGCUCCAACCGAAUGGUGACAAUGGAUUAGAGCUUGUCCUCUUUGCCAUCAAGCUGGAUCUCUAUACAAAUCAAAGAGUUCAUAACCAGGCUCGGAAUUUCCUCUGA